ACACUGUAUUGACCAAUCAGAAGCCAGAAGUGGAAAUGUUUCUUUUUAAGUAAACAUAUAAAGUUAUUCAAUAACUAUAUUCUUUUAUCAAAACGUUUUGUUUAAGUGGCGUUGGUCGAAAGCAUAUUUUAAUUUCAAAACUAGCUAAUAUUUUUAUGGACAGAGUGUUUUGCGCUAGCGUCUGUCAGGGUUCACUGGCAGGUUCACUAUUCUUCACAGAGCGGCUCUCAAAACUACUAAUAGCUCGUAUUUUGUUUCUCCCCCUCAGCAGAACAAGGCUGAGAGAGUUCUCCGUGUGUUUCUCGUCACUCUCCUCGGGUGUAUUUGAUUGUUUGGACCACUGAAGCCGGACUCGAAAAAGUCGUAGGCACCAUGACGUUCACUGUCCACUUCAGGCGCGCGGAAGGUUUAUUCACUGUCAAAAUAUCGAUACAGUGAUGUUCACGACACAUGGGGCUGAACUGGUUUUGGGUUCCAGAGAGACCGAAAUCGCCUUUCUCAAUGGGACAACUGAGUUUUCCCCCACUGUAAUAACCACAGCGGAGCCCAAAAGUAAUGAGUCGUGUGGGGAGCAGCAGACUCUGGACUUGGACUUGACUAAGACAGUGAUCAUUGGGGUGAUGCUGAGCACCAUCACUGCGGUCACUGUGAUGGGCAAUACUCUGGUUGUGAUUGCGGUGUGCGUCGUGAAGAAACUCAGACAACCGUCAAACUAUCUGCUAGUAUCUCUGGCUAUCGCUGAUCUGUCUGUGGCAGUAGCCGUAAUGCCCUUUGUCAUAGUGACUGACCUGACAGGGGGCGUCUGGCUGUUUGGGGAGGUUUUCUGCAAUAUCUUUAUUGGGAUGGAUGUCAUGUGCUGCACAGCUUCAAUAAUGACAUUGUGUGUGAUCAGUGUGGACAGAUACCUCGGAAUCACUCGCCCUUUGACCUACCCAGCGAGACAGAAUGGACAGCUGAUGGCCAAGAUGAUCGUCGGUGUCUGGUUGGUGUCGGCAUCCAUCACUCUACCACCAUUUUGCGGAUGGGCUCAGAACGUCAACACUGCGGGAGUGUGUCUGAUCAGCCAGGAUGUGGGCUACACCCUUUACUCCACCGCUGUGGCCUUCUACAUCCCAAUGGUGGUCAUGCUUUUCAUGUAUUACAAGAUUUUCAAAGCUGCCCGCAAAAGUGGGGCCAAACACCACUUUGCUGCACUUCCCCCAAUUCCGUUGGCCUGUCCCGAACCAGCGUUGGCCACCGUAGAGGGGCUCUGCAUGCAAGGGAUUAAGAACCCUGCAGCUACCGAGGAGUUUUCCACCCUCUCCUGCCUGUUGAACCGCGAACGCCGGAGCGCCUCGAUUUUCAGGCGUGAGCAGAAGGCGGCCACUACUCUUGGGGUGAUCAUGGGAGUUUUUUUGUUCUGCUGGUUGCCGUUUUUCCUCUUCACCACAGCACGGCCGUUCAUUUGCGGGCUGCUCUGCAAUUGCGCCCCCGUCUGGCUGGAACGGGUACUGCUGUGGUUGGGCUACACCAACUCGCUCAUGAACCCUUUCAUCUACGCCUACUUCAACCGAGACCUGCGUUCAACUUAUAAAGACCUGUUACGCUGCCGUUAUCGAAACAUCAACCGGCGACUCUCGGCUAUGGGAGUGCAUGAGGCUCUAAAACUCUAACUGCCCACAAUCUGUUUAUAUAUUGGGAUGGUGCAAAAUAUAUCCUCUUGACCCCUCUAAAGAUCAAGAAACACAGUUUGGAUGGAAUUCACUGGGAAUCACAAUAAGUCAGAUUCAUCAAAACAUUUCCUAACUUUACCUAAACUUUGCCUAAACAUGCCUUUACCCACAUUUUUUAAAAACUCCAAAACAUACCUAUACAUACAACUCACUGCAGUUUCCAGCUGAAAUGAACACUAGUAGAUUGGUAGCUCACCUGGUACAUCAUUACACUUGUGAAGUGGAGUGCUUGAGUAUGAGUCUCAUGAAACACAUGUAAAAGAAAAAGACUUGUAGAAGCAAGCUAAAAUGGCGUGGUUGCUUCAGCAAAUGUGUUCUUAUGUGUCACAUUUGCUUUUUGUUAGCACUAUCAGUUGUGUUUAGGAAGGGUGUUGCUAGACCCUUAUUACUGAGCAUGAGCCCCAGUGAAAUACCGCUGUGCCCCUGUAACACAUUACUGAUAAAUCCUCAUCUUUCAAUAGAGAUUACAAUAAAACAACCUGAUUAUCAUAAGAAGUGCUGGAUGAGGCAGAUAUUUACCUACAAUCCGUGCUUAAUUUGAGCCGGUGUCCUGACAUUUCGUCUUGACAGAACACCAGAUUCUGUUCUGGAAAAUGUCAGAUUUUGGAUUUUUGCAUUCCAGCAUUUGUUUUAAAUGAUCUGGCAUUAAUAAGUGCAUUACAUGGUGACAGUGCGUGUGUGUAAAAGACAGAGCAAGACAGAGCGAUUUAUGCAGAUGCAUUUGGAAGUUGUGUUAUGGCCCUCAGCAUAUAUAUUUUUGGCCAAUCUGCUUUCUUAAGUACAAAAUUACUCUCAUUGGUUGGUGCUUACUACUAAUUGUUUUGUGCACAGUAAAGCAUAAAGUUUGGAGAGAGUGUAUAUUCCUGACAAAUUAUUCUAAUAAAAUAAGUUAAAAUCGCCAAAAUGUCAAAAAGACAGUUAAGCUUGUUUUCAUCUUCCAUGAGUAAAGCUGAUUGUGUUUCUGAUGAAAAGAGAUCCUGAAGAUGGAACUGCUAAUACUAAUCAGGACACGAGCAAUGGGUGUUAGAUGUAGUCAGAAUCAGAAAUCAAUGUAAUGGAAUAGGCAACAACAUCAAAGUUGAGAGAGAAUAUCCCUGAUCAACUAAAUAAUAUUUGGUCUCAACGUAUCUAUAUACAUGUAGUUAGGGCUAAGCAGAAACCUAUGAAUAAUGCUCUAAUAGUUGUGCCAUCACUGUUUAGUGACGUCAUUAUAUGUUCUGGGAAAACUGAAGUUGUAUGGUCGGUGUUGGUCACAGUGACUUUUAAUUGCAAUUAUUCGGCAAUUAUUCAUUUACAAAUUAAGCACUGCCUACAGUCCAUUUUAGGAAACUUGGAAAUCUCUUCUAUCGUUUGUCAGCGAUUUCAGCUUGUGAACAAUUCUACUGCAGGAAAAGACAAUUUAUAUAUAUCCAUAACAGUAUCAAAAAAGAGUAUCAAAACGGUGAAACUUUUUGAUAGGAGGCCUUUGCCCAGUAAUAAUGAAAGAAUAGAAACACCCUGGGUUUAGGAUAGGGUUUAGUAUAGGUCCAGUCGUACAUUAUUUUCAAACUCGAUAGAGCAUUAAUGUUUUAGUGCCACUUACCUGACAUUUCAUUUCUGAGCUGCCGUGAUAUUUACAACAACCAAAUAAAUAAAACACUGCCAGAUUCACAAUCUGUUUCAGAAAAAAUUGAACGUUCUUUUAGCACAACUCACUGGACUUUUCAUCGCUUUGAAAGUGUCGUGAAACAUGCAAGAAGCAACGUAAAGAAGCAAUGUAAUAUCACUUUGCAGAAAUGUCGCCACAGGCACGUUUUUCCAGUGAGCUCGGGUUGAAAGUUUCAUGAACCCACAUCCAACAAGCCCUUUCUUGUAAAUGUACUUUUCACUGUUCAUUCUGUACAUUUCCUGUUUUUAUGCUACAUUGCAACUUUGUCAAAUCACACUUCUCUGAUAAUACCUGCAACACUCUUCAUGUGGAGGAAGCAUGAUGCUUGCGUUGAGCGGUGUGCUGAAGCCUGAUCCAAGUCAUGUGAAAGACCUUAGAGGGUUAGUUCAUCCAAAAAUGAAAAUUCUGUCAUUAAUUACUCACCCUCAUGUCGCACUACACCCGUAAGACCUUCGUUCAUCUUCGGAACACAAAUUAAGAUAUUUUUGAUAAAAUCCCUGAGCUAUCUGGUCUCUGAUAGACUGCAAUACAAUGACCACUUUCAUAGUCCAGAAAGGUAGUAAAGACAUCACUAAAAUAGUCCAUGUGACUACAGUGGUUCAACCUUAACGUUAUGAAGAGAAUUUCAUUUUUGGGUGAACAAACCCUUUAAUGCACAGCUCCCUAUCUGCUGUGCUUCUGUAGAGCCUUGAAUUUUACAUGCAAUUAAUUUCUAUGAUAAAUGACAAAACAUAAUAUGAUCUUUUCUUAAAAAAUGAAUUCAGAUAAAUUCAUACACAAUAAUUCGAACAAAUAAAUAGGUAAAAAAAUAAAAACAAAUUGAUGAGGGUACUAAUUUAAGAUUUUCAGCAAUUGCUACAUCAGAAGUUUAAUGCAUAGCUUCAGGUACUGUGUAAAUCUGCAUGGAAGUCUAUUGCUUUAUUAACCCUUUAAAAGUGUUGUGGCAUUUAUUUAUUUGAAAAUUGAAUGUGUAGAUAUUAGGCCUGUAGCACAUUGCCUUAUUGUCCUUUGUUUUAGAAUUGCACUUUUACAAUAUACAAAUGUGUUGUCUGAUGUAAUGUAAUCUGAAUGGCGAAAGACAUUAAUUCACAAAGAGUUUCAAGAAAUUUAUAUGGAAAGAUUGUACAUAUAUUGUGACCAGAUGUGCUAAAUAUUCAAUUUAUAAUUUGAACUUCUUAGUCAACACCACAUGUCAGAGAGCUUGUAUCAGUAUUCUGCUUGUACAUGCUGUGCACUCAGUGUUUGUUUUGUAAGAUGGUGUACAAACCUAGCUAUCUCAAUACUCAUGUUUUCUUAAUAAAUAUUACCCUAAUGAAUA